AUGAGCCUGCCCAUUCUUCUUCAAGCGUCGACCGUGAUCGGCUUCUUGGUACUGGUAUACAUUGUCUACUAUCGCUAUCUCCACCCACUGGCCAAGUACCCCGGUCCCCCUCUUGCCUCGGUCACCAACUUAUGGAAGACCUACCACCUUUGGAACUUGCAUCUUCCGCAUACGCUUGUUCGUCUGCAUGAGCAGUAUGGCGACGUCGUCCGGGUCGGACCAAACGACUUGUCAUUUCGUCAUCCUGAUGCAGUCAAUACCAUCUACAAGGCAGGUCGGCAACUACAAAAGACGGGGUUUUAUGAUGGAUUUACGACUUUCAAUCCCAACUUGUUUGGAACACAAGAUGAAGAGAUUCAUGCCAUCAGGCGUCGCCAAAUGGCCCAUGCCUUCUCCAUGCAGUCCAUAAAGGACAUGGAGCACUUUGUUGAUAGCCAUAUCCUGAAAUUUAGGGAAAACCUGGAUUAUUUCUGCGAUAACAACCAAGAGUUUGAUCUGAAGGAUCUGAUUGCCUUUUAUGUCCUUGAUGUGCUAGGUGAGCUAGCCUUUAGCAGAAGUUUCGACUCGCAGGAUGAGAGAGAUCUAGCCCGGUUACCGCCCAUCAACGACCAUAUCUUGCUGGCUUGCUUGAUGGGAAUGACGCCAGAAGCUCUUCCGUGGAUCAAGAAGGUUCUGCCAUUUAUCCCCAUUCCAAGGCUGCAACGUCUGCUCGACGCUCGUGCGCAGCUUCGAAAUCUGACUGCGGCAUGUGUCCGGCAAAGGAUUGAAGCUGGAUCCAGCGACCGCAAGGACCUUCUUUCGUCCUUGUUGGUGGCUGUUGACCCUGAGACUGGCUCCAAGCUCACAGAGUUGGACAUAAAUACCGAGGCCUUUGCAAUGAUUGUCGCCGGGUCUCAUACAACAUCAGGCACCCUGACGCUCUUAUUCUCCCAUAUAUUGCGAAGCCCCGAGACCUUGAAGAAAGUUAUCCAAGAAUUGGAUUCGAACUUUUCUAAUCAUACGGGUCUAGUCAUUUCCUACGAGGACCUCGAGAAGAAUCUACCAUAUACAAAGGCAUGCAUAGAUGAAAACUUCAGAAUCAACCCCGUGUUUACCAUGCCAUUACCCCGAAAGAUUAUGGCUCCAGGUGGACUCGUGAUUCAGGGACUUAAAAUACCUCAGAAGACCACUGUCUUUGCUCUGAACCAUGUCGUUCACCAUAACCCAUCGGUUUGGGGCGAGGACCACGAACAGUUCAUCCCAGAUCGCUUCCUUGGUCUUGAUGGUAAAGAGCUCCAGGGAUAUUUAUCACCUUUCAGUACUGGACAUCGCAUGUGCAUAGGCAAGAACCUGGCGAUGAUGAACAUUCUGAAAGUGCUCUCAACAGUACUGAGAAAUUACAAGCUGGAAAUGAUCCACCCGGAAGAGCCUGUUGACACCUUGAGCGUGGGUAUUUCUGAGAAGAAGGGAGGGUUAAUGUGCAGAAUAUCGAGGAGAUAA